CUAAUCCAGGCGGCCACUGGAAAACCCUGACGUAUUUUUUAUUGUCAGUAUUGACAGUUUGAUGGUGAUUGACGUUUCAUUUCAGUCCAGCACCUCUUUAAGCCAUUAGGUGGCGCUCGAACCGUCGGCGGCGCCACUGCACAUCUUUCUAAGCUCGCAAGAGAGAGAGAUGUGACUGCAUGGAACAGAAGACUAGAAAAGGGGAAAGAACCAAAGUACACGUGGCAGCAUGUGGGACACUUGUGAAAUAUGAGUGGAAGUUGACCUUUUGGAGAAGAGCUCUACAAACUCAAUUCUCUGCAUAAGCAUUGCUCUAGAGAAUGUGUGAACAAGUGGUGUUUGUGGUCUGUGCUGAUCUGUGCAUCAUAGUAUUUAAACCUUUGUUUCUCCGAGAGAAGAACUCAUUGUCUCUCAUUUACGAUGGCUCUCCUCCCACUGCUUCUACUCAUCUCUCUCCUGUCUCAAAUAGGACACUGUGCUUACAUGGGCAUAGUAAAUGGCUCGGAGGUUAAAGCCCAUUCCAGACCCUACAUGGUAUCUGUCCAACAAAACAAAACGCAUAUUUGCGGGGGCUUCCUCGUGUCGAAGAACGUUGUCAUGACGGCUGCACACUGCUGGAAUCCAGGGACGACGCUCACCGUUGUAUUGGGUGCUCAUGAUCUAAAAAAGGACCGGUCAGCUUUCACCCGUAUAGAUGUGAAGCUUUACCACAUCCACCCGAUGUAUGACUCAAAGACGCUGUUCAGUGAUAUCAUGCUGCUGCAGUUAAACAAAACCAUCAACAAGACCAAGCAUAUCAGUUGGAUCUCUAUACCAAAAAAACAGAAUCAGGAUGUUAAGGCCAAACAGGUCUGCAGCAUUGCAGGCUGGGGGAAACGGUCUGACAACAGUAGACCAAGUGAUCGUCUCAUGGAGGUCGACGUCAACAUCAUGGACACAAAAUUCUGCAAGUUAUCUUGGAAAGAGCAAUUCUCUGUUUCCAGUAUGGUGUGCACUAAUGGUCGCGGAGGAUUUCUUGAGGGAGACUCUGGAGGUCCUUUGGUGUGUAAGAACACAGCUGUCGGGAUUGUUUCAUACUACAAUCCAAAAAUGGACCAAAAAACUCAGUUGCCCUAUGUUUACACCAAAAUUUCUAAAUAUCUGUCAUGGAUUAAGUGUAUUUCCGGACAAAUGGAGUAAACACUUGGCUAUUAUUUCAUAUUUUGUGUUUAAAUCUUUCCCAUUUUUUCAUGAAAAUCAAAAAAAAAAAAAGAAACUCAGAACAUUUUGUCAUUUUGUCACUUUGUGGAAUUAAGAAAUAACCAAAUCAAAUUUCCAGAUAUUAUUUUUAAAAAAAUCAUUAUUACUUUGUCAGUUUUUUGUCUUUUUGUUAAUGCAUUUAUACAGUAUGUUGUUUGCUUGUCCAUGCAUUAAUAAAGGCUUUGUUUU